GUAGCUCGUGUGCGCUGCUUGGUUGUUUGUCUGUUCGCCGAGCUUGGCAGUUGGGUUGCAAACGUUUCAUCACCAAUCGAGGUGACAUCGUCAGUGCAGGGUUGAGGGACGAUGUCAUCUCGAAUGGUGAGGAAACGUUUGCAACCCAACUACCAAGCUCGGCAAACAGACAAACAACCAAGGCUGUCCUAAAGUUUCCAUCAGCUUCACCAUCCCACUCACGAGGACCCACUCAACCCUGCACUGACGAUGUCACCUCAAUUGAUGAUGAAACGUUUGCCAUCCAACUGCCAAGCUCGGCGAACAGACCAACAACCAAACAACGCACCCGAGCUACCUACAUUCCACCACAACAUAGGCUGUAUUCAU